AUGGCUCUUGCAUUCUACAUCUUCAUGGAGGCAAAACUGGAUUUCCAAAUCACGUUUUCUCAACCUAGUUGUGAAUCGAUUGUGGUUUCAGUUUGUGGGGUGGCAGAGAAUGCACCUGUAUGGAUGACCAAGCCAAAUAUUGACCUAAAAAUCUGCAUGUAUGAUCGGCUAUAUCAGGACAGCAUCGAAGUUCAAAGCAGGGCCAGCACAGCUCUGAGAUUGACAUUCAAGGUGUGUAAAGAGAAGAACCAUAUGUCCAUCUUGCCUAAAACAGGAUUUAUUCAGGCCAAAUCCAGCUUCAGUGCUCAGCUGAAAUUUCAGCCCAGACAGAGCUUGUAUGCAGAUGCAGCACGUUUCUUCAAUAAAGACACAGGAGUUCUAGAGGUUCCUCUGACUGUACAAAUAGCUGACCAGGUGAAGCCUGUCCUGUUUAUGGUCCAUGCGGUUGUCACCAGCUCUGACCUGCGGUUUGACCACACUGAGGUGGACUUUGGACACUGCUCCGUUUAUGAGUCUGCUCAGAUUGCAGUGCUACUCACAAACUGUUCCUUAUUAGCUCAGGAGUUUGGCUUUGUGGGUAUUCCUAAGUUUAUUGACAUCCAGCCUAAUGAUGGUUUUGGCACUUUGCUGCCUUCACAAAGCAUGGACAUCUACUUGAUCUUCAGUCCAUCAAAGGCAGGGGAAUACAACUUCACACUCACAUGCAAAACAAACAUUAACAGAGACUUCCUGUUGUCUUGUCGUGCGACUGCCAUUCAGCCCUCCUUGAAACUCUCUGAUUCUUUGGUUGAGUUUGGAGGCACGGCGGUGGGAGACCGGACCACUGCAGUACUGUAUGUGGAAAAUAUUAGUGCAGCAGCCCAGCUCUUCAACUUCUCUGUUCCAGAAAACUCUGACAUCACCAUCACACCUACUUCAGGAAGACUUCUACCUGGAAAGAAGUGUCUGGUUCAGGUUACAUUCAGCCCAACACUGUCUGAUGACACCAUCAACGCAGAAGCUCUUCGGCGGAGAGAGGAACUUCAUACUGAAACCAGCAGCUGCCAAAAUACAGAACCUGAUGCCAAAAGUAAUAUGGAGACCUCAUUGCUUUCAGUACAAGAUAAUGAAAGCAAAGUGAUGCCUGCAGUAGACAGCCCCGUCCAUUACACAAGCCCCGCUGAUAUCCAGGCAGGCUCUUUUGAAUAUUUGGCUGUGAAGGCUUCACUUUUGCGCUCUUUUACUGAGCGUCACGUUCGCUAUGUCAUAUCCUGCUUCAGCUCUCCAUCAGAUAUAGUGCUGGAAACAUCAGAGGAGCCCAGAUACAGCCCACAUGAGAUGCUCCAUCUGGAGUUACGCUGCCCAGCGGUCAGACCAGCAUUACUGCUCAUCUCUGACAGUGGACACAACACCAUACACUUUAAUCAGGUGGCAGUAGGUCAAAAAGUGUUGAAAAAGUUGAUAAUCCAGAACAUUUCUUCAGAGACUGUAAAGCUGACAUCAUCAUUGCUGGAUGUGACCGGGCCAUUUUCUGUGCUGAAUGCCAUGCGCUCCAUCGAUCCUGAGGAUACACACAUGAUCCUGAUUGCAUUUACACCCUCUCUGGACAAGAAGUACUAUGAAACGCUGGAGGUGAGCUGCAGUCAGAUGUCUCUGGAGCUGGCGUUGUGUGGGGAAGCUGUAAAGCCCGUCAUCACCUGCUCCAUUGAAGGACACCUUGACUUUGACUGUGUUCCUGUAAACGAGAGUGCCUCGCACGUGUUCAGGCUGAAGAACAUGUCCUCACUGGAGGUGCAGUUCAGCAUGCUGUUAGAAAGCCACUGUCUUAAAGAAGGGGACUCCACAGAACAUGCUGGUGCCCAGAGUGUGUUUCGUGUGUCUCCCUCAGGGGGUGCUAUCACUUCUGAAGGAGCGCUUGACCUUACUGUGACCUUCCAGCCCCAUCAUGAGAGUCUCCAUUACAGAGAUGUUCUCACAGUGCAGCUCAUGAACAAACAAACGCCGUGUGUGUUGGAGCUCCGGGGUUCUUCAUGUCAACACAAUAUGUUUGUCUGCGGUGGGGAUCCCAUAGAAGUCUGUCCUGAAGCACUCAUCCAAUCAGGACUCAUCAAACAUGAAGGUUACAAGUGUUUACUGCUGACACUGAGGAGUGAAUAUCAAGAGGGCAAAGCACUGGUAGCCACACGCAGACUUGAAGUGGGAUGUGUCUGCAGCACAAAAACAAGCACAAAAAAAGUGGUUGAGUUUAGCUGGGAGAAUAUCUCGCCGGUUGAGCAGCAGGGCUUCAAAGUGGCACCAAUGCAAGGAAGUGUGGAUGCAGGACAUAGAUGUCCCAUCACCAUCUCCUGGAUGCCACCUAGUGGUCUCACUCCGAACUCAGUGGUGCAAGCGUGUGGUGUGCUGACCGUCAGAGGAGAUGAGACGGACGUUUACCGGGUCACUCUGAUGGCCCUUACAGAGGAAAAUACAGCCACGUAGACUUCCAGUCAAAAUCUGUGCCAUGAUUUAUUGUUAUAUAAUUCACUGUCACUGAAUCCUGAUAUUUGUUUAAAUGUAGUUGUUAAAGAAAUCCUUUUGAUCAUUAUGGAUUUCGUAUAAGUUUGUGGUCUUUUUAUGCACUGUAUAAAAGGAAUAUGUCCUUUUUGAAUUGCUUUCUCUGUAAUGUGCUGUCAGUACACUGUGCAACAAUAAAUG